AUGUCGGACGAUUCCUUUGUGAUUGAUCAUAAGUUAUUGUACAAUGAUUUGGUUGGACUGAUUGGCAAUGGUUUUAGGCGUAUCGCCAAAAUCAAGGACGAUGCAUCGUUGCAAGUGUUGUAUUUCCUCCCAAAUUCAACAUAUAUUGAUUUGUAUAUAGAUUUGGAGGUGGCGGGUACUUCUAGGUCCCAUUUGGAAGUAGGAACAAGUAGUGGUAGGCCGAAUGUGGAGAAUGUCGAUUACAUGGAAGAUGAUGAUGUGGGUGGACCUUUUAUGGAGGAUGGCGAUCACAUGAAUAUAAUCAUGGUGAAGAUGAUGAGGACUACACAUCGAUAA